UUUCUAUUUCAAUUCAAACCAUAAGCAAUUACAUUACUCAUCACCAGAAGAAAAAUAAAAGUCAAGUAAGAAAGAAGCAUAAAGAGAAGGGAAAAAACAAUGAAGUUUCAGGUGGUAAUUUUGGUGCUAUUGGCCUUGUUGUUAACCACAACAAGUGCUCAACAAUGUGGAAGACAAGCUGGAGGGCGUGCCUGUGCAAACAGGUUGUGCUGCAGCCAAUACGGGUACUGUGGUUCGACUCGGGCAUACUGUGGAGUUGGUUGCCAGAGCAAUUGUGGCCGUUCUGCCACUGGCGAAGGUGAAAAUGUUAACAAUGGCGGUCCCAACUAAUGAACAUAUGAUACUUAAUUCUCUAAAAGGAAUAAGAUAUAAUAUCAAGUGUUGUGUGUUUAAAAUAAGUUGUAAUUUCAAAAUAAAGUGAGAGCUCAUUGUACUACUUUCACUGGAACUUCAGUGUCAUGUGUGGAACACUAUAUAUGUAACAUUAUCCUUUCUCUGGGA